AUGGCUUCUGCGUACAAGUCAGCGAUGCGCUCUGGCGACUCGCCCGAUACGGAUGACACAGGAUCCGUGUCAUCAGAUCCCAGCAGCAAUACCGUUCGGGCCGAGUCACCCAACGACAGAGAACAGUCUGGAACCAAGCAAAAGAACAACAUCUCACAGUUGCCGCCUGAAAUGCGAAAUCGCAUCCUGAUGUUGACGUCUCGUGGAGUUUCCUACAGACAUCGACAUCUCCUCAGCGACCUCCACUCACUACUCCCUCACACCUACAAGGACACCAAAUUAGAUACCAAGUCAUCGAACAACUACAACUCUGCUCUUAAUGGUCUCGCCGACCUUCACUCCUGCAAUUAUGUGUUCUUCCUUGAAGCCCGAAAACAUGGUCAAGAUCUGUACCUAUGGCUGGCACGUGCUCCCAAUGGACCAACAAUCAAGUUCAGCGUGACAAAUGUCCAUACAAUGGCCGAGCUUGGCUUUGGAGGAAACUGUUUAAAGGGUGGAAGGGGUAUUGUGGUAUUCGAUAAGAGCUUCGAUGAAGAGAUUCCAGGACAGGAACACCGGUCUCUGCUGCGCGAAAUGCUGCGGGGUGUCUUCUCUGUGCCGCCGAGGGGCGUGCGAGGGUUGAAGCCAUUCAUCGACCGGGUCAUCGGCAUAUAUGGACUCGACGGCAAAGUCUGGAUACGCGUCUACGAAGUCCGCGAAACUGACACCGAGAAACCUAACAAAGAACGUGCAAAUGGCGCCGAUAUCUCCCUGGUCGAAGUUGGUCCACGUUUCGUGCUCACUCCCGUUGUCAUUCUUGAAGGCAGUUUCGGUGGCCCGGUCAUCUAUGAGAACAAACAGUUUGUCAGUCCAAAUCAACUCCGGAGAGAAAUCAGGGUCCGCCGAGCUGGCAGGUACGCCAGCCGGCAAGGGGGUUCACAGGAGCUUGCGGUCAAGCGAAAAGCAUUGGAAUUGGCAACGGGUGCGCCGAGGAGGGCAUCAAGCCUAGCAAACGCUAGAUUGUUUGGAUGA